GAUACGGCUGCAAAUAUAUUGGAAAAUUCGCAUAAUUUAAAUAAAAAAUCAUUCAGAAAAGAUUUGACUGAAACAUUAUCAAAUACCUUGAAAACUUUAUAUAAUUCAAAUAAUAUUGCAAAUACUGCAAAUCUUAUAAUCAUAUCAAAAGAUGAAUCAACGUUAUAUAAUUCAAAAGAAAAAGUUAUUGAAUCAAUUGAAUUAGAGUUAGAUGAUAUGGAUAGUAUUAUAAGCAAUAGGUCUAAUAAGGCCUGGCACCUAAAACAAGUUUUUAUGAAUACUACUCAAAAAGAUAAUGAAGUUAAUUAUAAGCUAUCACAAGAAUUACCAACUUAUUCAUUUCAAGAUAUUGAAUCAAUAUAUAAGUAUCUUGAAAGUUGGUUUUUUUUAUUUGAUAAUCUUGGAUUGGCAAAACAUUUAAUUGAGGAAUCCAGGUUGCAUAUGCUUUAUAAUUUACAUAGUCUUUUUGUAUCACUUGCAGUGAUAUAUAUAAUGAAAUACAAAGAAGAUAAGAAAGUAUUUCCAGACUAUUUAAUUUUACAUGGUCUUAUUAGUAAUAAAGUGCAAACACUUUUUGGAAUCGUUGAAAGAUAUAAAAGAUGA